ACGAUUUUUGUGAUGAUCGUCUUAAAUUUUCGCGACGACACAUGCGCAGAGGCAAAAAGCUUUUCGUUCGGACGAAAUUUUUGACGAUUUUGAUUCUGACGAAAAGUUUAAACUGUUUUAACUUUUCGUCAAGCGCUUUACGAUCGUCAAAAUUUUAGCCAAUCAAAUAUCAGAGAUGAGUAAACACUGCACAUGGCCAACCUAGCAGUUCAUAUUAAUGAUUUCAACAUGGCUACUAGUAACGAAGAAACAACAGAAGUUGAGUUAAUUAUUACAGAGCUUCCACACUCAUCAGAAGUGGACAGUCAGUCUCAAAAGUCCAAUUUUUCUGUGGAAGGCAAUACCUUUGACAAAGAAAUGUUUCUCCAAGCAUUAAGAGAAUAUAAAUGCUUGUGGGAUACCAGUGAUCCCAAUUACAAAAAUCGUAAUAUGAAAGUGAAUGCAUGGAAUGCAUUGUCAUCAUUGUUUAAUCAAGAAGUGGCAUUCCUACAGAAAAUUUAUAAAAAUCUAAAAGAUUCUUUAAAGAAAUGCCUGGACAAAAGAAGGGCCAUGACCAGAUCAGGUGCUCCUGCAGGAUGUCUACCUACAUGCAAAUAUUUUGAAGUGAUGCGUUUUCUUCAUGAGAAAACUUCCAAUUUGCCAACUCAUAGCAAUGUUGACAUAUCACCUGCAGCAUGCAGCCAUGUAAUUGAAACUGGUAAUUUUGAGGAUCAAUCAGAUGCUUUUUCCCCUGCUAUAUCAACUUCUUCCACAUCACCAUUUCAACCGAUAUCUUGCUCUAUGUCACCAUUAUCGGUACCUGCAAGUCCGUGUACUCUAACAACACCGACACCUGAAAGACCUAUUGAUGAAAAUACUUCAAAAAAGCUUAAAAGACCUUCAUCUGAAAAAAGUACUUAUGACCCAUUUUUGCAACAAAUCAAGCAAAUGGAUGAUCAACUAAUCAAAAUUGUUAACAAAGAGUCUGCGGAUGAUGAGGCUACAGCAUUUUGCAUGAGUCUUGUACCUGUGCUGAAAGACUUUGAUAAAAAAAAGCUAAGAUUAGCAAAAAUUAAAAUUCAACAACUUUUAUUUGACGUAGAAUUUGAUGAUCAAUGAGAUAAAAUAUGCAUUCAGUUUUUAACAAUAUAACAAUUUUGGUAUUUACAUAUUCUUAAGAUUUUUCCUUUUUUAAACAUGAAUUUUAUUUCUGUGUUGGUGACCUCAAAACAAGCAUAAUAGGUCUGACAAAUUUGUUUGAAAAUAAUAUUUCACAUGUGGUGGGAAUCAUGAGAAUUCAUUACAUAAUAAAAGUGAUUAAACAUUGCUUUGAAUUGAUUACAAUUUACCUUGAACUUUUUCUUGGGUUUGAAAAAAUCAAUUUACUAAACUAAUUUUAACAUUUUGAUGAAUUCUCUUUUCUCAUCAUAUAUAAAAAACCUGUAUGCUUACAUAAAUAGACUAUAUAGAAUAUUGUUAAUUAAUGAAUAACAUUGUAUAUGUGAUAAUUGAUAUUCUGUUGCUUAGCCAAAUAAUGACAUUCCUGUAAAGCUUAACAAUUAUCUACAUUUUAUGUUAUUCAUUAGUUGUUUCCAAGUCCUAUUAAAAAACGAGAAUCAAUUUA